AUGGCGGCCGCUCGCUAUCCCUCCGAUGUUUACGGACAAGAAACCAACUACUCAAACCCGUUCAUGUCGUUCACCAAUGUGGAGGACAACUGGCAAGGUGCUGUGGAAACGUAUGAACGCAAGGCUGAGAGAAAAUGCGAUCAUUAUAACCCAUUUCUGUGUGAUGAAAGCUGCGCUAACACACUUGCUAAUGGAGAAGAUCUGUUCGCGCCGUUCGACAGCCCCGCUCGUUAUGCGCCCACAAAUCCCUUUUUCGGGGCCAACAGUCAAAGCCACGGCUCCGUGGAAAGGCCAGAUAUUAAAAUUGUUCCGUAUCCCGCUCCUGUCAUGCCAUUAAAGGGGCAUUAUGAAGUCACAAACCCCUUUGCCACUGCUCACAUGGGAAGUUUUGUACAUAGCACACCAGCUACAUCCAAACCUGCAGCCAGUACGCUUCCCAUGCCCUAUGACUUGAUUAAUCCAGACGUGACUGUUAAACAUGGACAUUUCCCAGUGCCCGGUCUCUCAUCUCCAACACGUGAGAGCCGCUCUAUGCCCCGCGCUGCGUCGGACAGUGAUGAGGACUACAACCCCAAAGAGAGAGUCCCCACUCUACGUCCCGGCCAGUACGACGGCAGUACACCCUGGAGAGAGUUUCUGCACAGGUUCGAGAGCUGCGCAGAGGCAAAUCACUGGUCAGCCAAGACAAUGGCAAUUCAGCUGAAAUUCUGCCUCACCGGAGCUGCAGGUGCCAUCGUCCACAGGAACCAUCGUUCCUCCAGGUGGGACUACCGCCGCCUGCUGGAGGAACUCGAAACUGCUUACGGCCCUUCUUCAGAUCAUGCAGCGGCUGUAGCAGUGGAGCUGAGACAAAGAGUGCGUAAAGCUGGUGAGGCGCUUCAUGUGUUCAGGGAUGACAUUUAUGGGAAAGUAGCUGUAGCUUAUGGUGAUUGGUCAGAGAAGGAGCAAGACGCUAUAGCUGUAGAAGUUUUCACAAACGGCCUGGGCGAGGCGGAGCUAGUCCAAAGACUGUUAGAAAAACGUCCAGCUACACUAGCCAAAGCUUAUGAGAUAGCCCACCGUCAUGACACCACCAAGAGAGCUGCUUCCUAUGUCACCAGCAUCAUGCAGCCGGGAGCCCGCAACCUCACUGAACGCAGGCCCCGGGCCGCUGUUGUCAGAGAAAGCGAAAACAAUGAGACUGUAACUACACCUGCAGCUAGCCCAUCACCCGAUCGCUUUGUCCCACACACAUUUGGAAAAACACAGAAGCAGCACCAGAACUUUAGGAAGGGUGACAUCCGCUGCCAUAACUGUAAUGGUUGGGGUCACAAACAGAGCCAGUGCUCGUCCCCUAAAAGAAAUACAAAGACUUUCACUCCGGGCACCGCCAAAGAAAGGCCGCAGACCACUGUGCUCCACCUUAAGGGCCAGAAUCGUGAAAUGAACAUUCACAUGCGCAUAUUUGAGCUGGAGUUGUGUGCAGUCCUGGACAGUGGAGCGCGGAGGAGCGUGCUGCCCCUUCAUCAAUACAACGCCAUUCACCGAGACAUGAGACCUCCGCUUCGCCCAUCCAUUGUAGAGACUCUGCUCGGGGUGGGACCAGGAGACGUGCCAGUUUUUGGUGAGGCCAAAGUACCUGUCAGCAUUAACAACCGUCAAGUUGAAGUGGACUUCCUUGUAGCGGACAUAGAGGGCAAUGAAGUACUGCUUGGCCACCCUUUCCUCACUCAAGCUGAGGCCCGCCUUGAUUUCGGUAAGCACCGCAUAGUUCUGUUUGGAGAAGAAGUGCCCUACUUUCACCCAGAGACUGUUCCAAAGUCACACGCUGUGAGAGUAUCCAGAACUGUAGUGGUUGAACCGGGACAAGAGUACCUAGUCAAGGGCAAGGUGCAUUUUAGCACAGAAGCUCAGGGGGACAUGAUGCUUAGCCCCACAAAAGGCUUUGUUGAAAAGCACAAAGUACUCAUUGCCAGAGCCCUAGUCAACGCACAGCCCGCCAACAUCGUCCCAUUACGUCUCUUCAACCCGGGCAACAAAGCUGUCACCAUUAAAGAAGGUGCCAUUGCAGGCCUCCUCCAACCAGCUGAAGCUCUGUCCUCGUCCAGUGUCCCCACAGCGGCAGACUUUCCAACCAGCUCCCCUGCAGUCCCAGGGCACCUCCAGGAGCUCUAUGCCCAGAGCUCCACUGACUUUAAUGAUAAUGAAAAACUUGAAUUGUCUAACCUGUUGUGUGCCUAUGAAAGUGUCUUUUCCAGGGGACCUGGUGAUCUGGGCCGGACCAGUCUCGUGCAGCACGACGUCAUAACCCGGCCUGGACCUCCAGUAAAGCAGCAUCCUCGUCGUAUGGCUGGGGAGAAGCAGCAAAGCGCAGACCAGCAGAUCUGUGAGGGCCUCCAGAGCGGCAUCGCCAGCUGCAGCCACAGCAGUUGGGCCUCACCGAUCGUAAUGGUGCGUAAAAAGGAUGGGACUUACCGCCUUUGUAUAGACUACCGGGCACUCAACAGCCGCACCAUCACCGACGCAUACCCGCUACCCCGCAUCCAAGACACACUGGACACUCUCUCCACUGCCAAAUGGUUUGUGAAAGACUUUGCUUCCAUCGCCGAACCGUUACACAACCUGACGAAGAAAAAUGCACACUUCCAGUGGCACGCUGAACACCAAGCCGCCUUUGACACGCUUAAGCACCGCCUCACCACGGCCCCUGUCUUAGGCUAUCCACUGGACCAUGGUGAGAUGAUCCUGGACACCGAUGCCAGCGACACAGGUAUCGGCGCUGUCCUGUCACAAAUGCAGGGUGGCACAGAACGUGUGUUGGCAUACGGCAGCCGCAAACUAGCCAAAGCUGAACAGAACUAUUGCACUACGAGACGAGAGCUGCUGGCCAUUGUCGAUUUCACAUCUAAUUUUCGACAGUAUCUACUUGGGCGGCCUUUCAAGGUUCGCACUGAUCACAGCAGCCUGCGCUGGCUCACACGAAUGAAAGAGCCAGAGGGUCAAUUAGCCCGGUGGCUUGAAAAGCUAGCGGAGUACGAGUUCGAAAUCCUUCAUCGCCCAGGACCCUUCCUUGCAGCUGAGAACCACGAGUCACCAAGCAAUUCAGUGUGA